GGACUAUCUACCAACAUUAAUAGUAACACUAGACUCCUACUCGUGGAGGUCCAUUGUGUGCCAAGGACUUUAUUAUCGGGCUAAACCUCCAAUAUGUCGGGUUAUCCUCAAGGCACGGGCUCCAUGGGCUACUGGAGAUCUCCAGCUUAUGUUGAGAAAGCUGCAGCUAACAUAGGACAAGAUCCUCAAGGCACGGGCUCCAUGGGCUACUGGAGAUCUCCAGCUUAUGUUGAGAAAGCUGCAGCUAACAUAGGACAAGCAGGAAUGAAGCGUGAUGCACCCAGAGGGGAAGCAGAGAGAAACAGCCAGGACGAGGACACGAGUGCCAACGACAACAGCGUCAGAUACGAGCAAGUCCAAGAUGAAGGAGUUUAUGAUAUGGGGAAAUAUGCAGAUGCUGAUAAUUCUUGGGUUAAGGAACUUUGCAAGAAACUGGCUGAAGAAUAUGGGGGUAAUUUCAUCAUUGUUAGGCCCCUGAAAGAUCAGCCAGGGAAGGUGGCCUACUUCUGUGAGCUGUGCUAUGCAGAAAUGAAUGCAAAGAAAUCGCUGGAUCUUCACUGCAGUGGUAUGAAACAUUUAAAGAAAAAGAACAUUUGGCUGCAGAAAUGGGGCGGUUACAACUACGACGGUCACGACGACAGUGAACAAACUUCCGAGCCUCACAGUCGACAUCCUCCAGCUCCAUAUAGGGAUUACAACAGAGAGAAUUAUGAUCGUGACCACUGGGGAUGGCGGGCAGAUCCUUAUGACAGAUACCAAAACCAGAAUGACUAUGAGCCACGUGAUCAAAGACCUCAUUACGAUCAAAGGCCUGAGUUUGAUCAAAGGCCUGAGUAUGGUCAAAGGCCUGAGUAUGAUCAAAGAGCUGAGUAUGAUCAAGAGCCUCAUUAUGAUCAUGGAGGUUGGGGUAAAGCAGAGAGGAUCCACAGUCCGCGUUAUCAAAGACGCCUGAGGGGCGAUGCAGACCCAUAUCCUCCCAAACCUUAUUGCCGACGCAGUUCUCCUGUUAAUCCACCACCAGCAAGACCUCAGAUCCCACCUGCUCCAUCUAUUUCUACCAAGGAAAGCCUCUCACAUGGAGCAACUGGUGUACUCAUCAAGAGGCUGGCUGACUGCUCUGUGAAGUGUAAAGCUGAUGCAGAACUGGCAAUGGACGUCAUCUCUCUGCUCUUCAAGUGUCUUAAGGACCACCAUGAGAAGAAAGGCUCUACCAGUGCUAAUCAUUUGUUGUCGGAAGCAGAGAAUAAGUUUAAUAUAAUGAAAGAGCUACAGAAGAAGCCACAGUCUGCUGAAGUCACCAUGCAGAUACAGAAGAAUGAACCAUGGGGAGAAGCCUAUAGUAAUAAAAUAAACCCCAACCCCCCAUCCGUGUACUCCGUCACACAGAACGUCAUCCCCUCAAUUAGUUCAGCAGGUUAUCGCCAAGGAGAAUCAGGGAAGGGUGAAGAAAUAAGAGAGUUAGUGGCUAUGAUGCGUAUGCAGCAAGCCACCCUUCCCAAGUUUAAAGGACAAGGUCGGGCGGAGUUUUGGACCUUUAUGCAUGCCCUACGUCAAUACAUGACAAAUGCGGCCGUGCCAGAGAAGUACAAGUACCAACUGCUCAUGGAUGCUUGUGAAGGAGAAGAGUUACAUCAAGCAAUCAUGGGAUGCGACUGUCUAGAGCCAGACCAAGCCUACAACAAGGCAAUCAAGAUCCUGGAGACAAGGUUUGGAGAUAAGUAUGCAUAUGCGGACCAGCUGGUGAAAAGGCUCAUAGAUGCUCGCUCAGUCGGGGCGUUCGACGACGAAGGGCUGCGAAAACUGGCAUCUCAACUAUGGGGUGCAGUAAGCCAUCUGGAGAAUCUGAACUUGAUGUCUGAACUUGAAACAAGGAAGACCUUCAGAACGCUGGUGGUUAAGCUUCCCCCCAAAUUGAGGGAACGCUGUGUGGAUGAUGUACGGAAUUAUCAGAAGUCGACAGGACACAGAACGGGGCUGGUGAAGUGGUUAGCGCUAUAUUUGGAGAAAGCGGUGACGAUGGAUGACAUGGCUCUGCUAUCAAGCGAGGACAGUCAAGAAGGAAGUAAGAAAAGACCAGAAGGAUCAUCGUCAAGCAAACGUGCCGUGGGCCUAGUGACUAUCAGUGAAGCGAAAGGCAAUGGAGGGGAAACAAGCUCUGGAAAAGGCUCGUGCCCACUGUGUUCCAGAGCACAUGGAUUAGCAGGGUGCGACGAAUUCCGGAGCAUGUCAGUGAGGGAGAGGUUAGAGACGGUAAAAGGAUUACGUUGCUGUUUCUUGUGUCUGAGAGUGAGCCACCUUGUUGGUCAGUGUUGGUCACGCUACAGGUGUGGCACUGAUGGGUGCAAAGAGAAGCAUUCUAGAAUGUUGCAUCAAGAACGAAGGGAGGCACUCACUGCAAGUAUGUCAAACACAAGCAAGGGUGGCGUGAAGCGAAAUUUUCAAGGUCUUGUGAAAAAGGAGUCAAUGGCAGGCACCUCUGAUGCUGGCAUGGCCCAGAAAGCCAACGACAGUUCGUACAUGGCCGGAAAAAUAGGCCAUGUCUAUGCUACAUGGACAAAGGACGGCUAUGAAAACCCAUACAGCUGCGAAAGCGACAUCUGACUAUCGACGAAAAAUGCCAAGAUUAUACUGCCCAUAGUGAGUGUGAAGAUUCGGGGAAAGGACUCACACCAACGAAAUCACAUCAGAACUUUAGCUCUCUUGGACUCAGGCAGCAACAGGUCAUAUUGCACCAAAGAUCUGGCACAGAAACUAAGGGUGAAAGGGACACCUACCCUGGUAACCAUGGGUACACUUGCCCAAGAGACGAUACUCGAGUCAGCGGAGGUAGAUCUAGAAGUGGUUGGCGCAGGCAUGAAACGAGGCAGAACCAUACUUAUCCCGAAAGUACUCGUUAUACAAAAUUUCCCCACAAUGCUGCAUAUACAAAAUUUCCCCACAAUGCUGCACAACUAAGUAGCGAACACAAGUGAUAUCUCAAGGUGGGCCCAUCUGCGAGGUGUGGAAUUACCAGAAUUGCAGAGCAAGCAGCAUAGAAAUUCUGAUAGGACAAGAUGUGCCACAGGCCCUGGUACCCUUGGAGGUCAGAGCAAGAAGGGAUGGAAUGCCAUUCGCCAUACAAACGCGACUGGGUUGGACAGUGAAUGGACCGGUGGGGCACCAAGAUGCACAAGGAGUUUGCAUGUUAGGAUGCCUGAUGACCGAAACUGUCGUGAGUCCUGAAACCCGUCUGGAAAGACAAGUUAAGCUUUUUUGGGAGCUGGAAAGUGGGGACACAGGAGCCUUGCAGUCAGCAGCUCAUUCACUUGUGGACAAAAGAGUGUUGAGGCUAUGGUCAGAGACAGGCAUCAAAACUAAUGGGCAUUACCAAUUUCCCAUACCGUUCCGUAAUGAGAACCCGGAACUCCCAAACAACAAGGCCAUGGCGGAGCGUCGACUAGAUGGGCUUCGAAGGAGACUAUCCAAGGACGCACGGCUGCGACAAGGAUACAUAGAGGAAAUAAAUAAACUGCUGCUGAAGGAUAUGCUGAAUCAGUGCCUAAGUUCCAGUUGGAGUCAGAUACUGGACUGGUCUGGUACAGUAUCUGCCUCAUCACCCGGUGUUGAACCCAAAUAAGCCAAAC